UGCAGAGACGGGCCUGGCGCACGUCGAGGUCCACUGUAGGCUCCGCUGCAGGACUCUGAGCUAGCACCCAGGCGACAAGACCCGGCGGAGCUGUCCGAGGGGCGGAGCUACAGAGACUGCAAGGAUGCUGACUGUCCCAGAAAUGGGCCUGCAAGGGCUGUAUAUCAGCUCUAGCCCAGAGAGGUCCCCAGUGCCCAGCCCUCCCGGCUCCCCGAGGACCCAGGAAAGCUGCGGUAUUGCUCCCCUCACACCUUCACAGUCUCCAAAGCCAGAGGCCCGGGCUCCACAGCAGGCCUCCUUCUCCGUGGUUGUGGCCAUCGACUUUGGGACCACAUCCAGUGGCUAUGCCUACAGCUUUGCUAGUGACCCUGAGGCCAUCCACAUGAUGAGGAAAUGGGAGGGAGGGGACCCAGGUGUGGCUCACCAGAAGACCCCCACUUGCCUGCUGCUGACCCCAGAAGGCAUCUUUCACAGUUUUGGCUACACUGCCCGUGACUACUACCACGACCUAGACCCUGAGGAGGCUCGGGACUGGCUCUACUUUGAGAAGUUUAAGAUGAAGAUUCACAGUGCCACUGAUCUUACCUUGAAGACCCAGCUAGAGGCGGUAAACGGGAAGAAGAUGCUGGCUCUGGAGGUGUUUGCCCAUGCCCUCCGCUUCUUCAAGGAGCACGCCCUUCAGGAGCUGAGAGAGCAGAGCGAGUGCAUGCUUGAGAAGGGUGCUGUGCGCUGGGUGCUGACAGUGCCUGCCAUCUGGAAACAACCGGCUAAACAGUUCAUGAGAGAGGCCGCCUACCUGGCUGGCCUGGUGUCUCGAGAGGAUGCAGAAAAACUCCUCAUUGCCCUGGAGCCUGAGGCUGCCUCUGUCUACUGUCGGAAACUUCGUCUGCACCAGCUCAUGGACCUGAGUAGCCGGACUGCAGGCCAUGGGCGCCUGGGUGAGCGGAGGUCUAUUGACUCCAGCUUUCGACAUGCCCGGGAGCAGCUGCGUAGGUCUCGCCACAGCCGAACUUUCCUGGUGGAGUCCGGUGUGGGAGAGCUGUGGGCAGAGAUGCAAGAAGGAGACCGCUACAUGGUGGCCGACUGCGGGGGUGGCACUGUGGACCUGACGGUACACCAGCUGGAGCAGCCUCACGGGACCCUCAAGGAGCUCUACAAGGCUUCUGGCGGCCCCUACGGAGCAGUAGGCGUGGACUUGGCCUUUGAGCAGCUGCUCUGCCGCAUAUUCGGGGAGGACUUCAUCGCCAAAUUCAAAAGGCAAAGGCCAGCAGCUUGGGUGGACCUAACCAUUGCCUUCGAGGCCCGCAAACGCACGGCAGGCCCGCACCGUGCGGGGGCGCUCAACAUUUCGCUUCCUUUCUCGUUCAUUGACUUCUACCGGAAGCAACGAGGCCACAACGUGGAGACCGCCCUGCGCAGGAGCAGUGUGAACCUCGUGAAGUGGUCCUCCCAGGGGAUGCUCCGGAUGUCCUGUGAGGCUAUGAAUGAGCUGUUUCAGCCCACAGUCAGUGGGAUUAUCCAACACAUAGAGAUGCUGCUGGCUAAGCCUGAGGUGCAGGGUGUGAAGCUGCUUUUCCUGGUGGGCGGCUUUGCGGAGUCGGCGGUGCUGCAGCAUGCGGUGCAGGAAGCCCUGGGCACUCGUGGCCUGCGCGUUGUGGUCCCGCAUGACGUGGGCCUCACCAUCCUCAAGGGAGCAGUGCUCUUUGGCCAGGCUCCCGGUGUGGUGCGAGUGCGCCGCUCCCCCCUCACUUACGGUGUGGGCGUGCUCAAUCGUUUUGUGCCUGGCCAUCACCCACCCGAGAAGUUGCUGGUUCGGGAUGGGCGCCGUUGGUGCACCGAUGUCUUUGAGCGCUUCGUAGCAGCAGAGCAGUCGGUGGCGCUAGGAGAGGAGGUAAGGCGCAGCUACUGUCCUGCGCGCCCGGGCCAGCGGCGUGUGCUCAUCAAUCUGUACUGCUGCGCUGCGGAGGAUGCGCGCUUCAUCACUGACCCUGGUGUGCGCAAGUGUGGUGCACUCAGCCUGGAGCUUGAGCCUGAAGGCUGUCCGGAAAACACAGGCACAUCCCCCAACCGCCGUGAGAUCCGUGCUGCCAUGCAGUUUGGCGAUACUGAGAUUAAGGUCACUGCGGUGGAUGUCAGCACCAAUCGCUCUGUGCGAGCAGCCAUCGACUUUCUUUCCAACUGAGGGCGCACCCUUCGGUGGGGACACAAGAACGUGCUAAUUUUCACAGCAGCACCCUUUUCUCGGGGUAAGGACACAUGGAGACUCACUUUAGGGCUGUGCCUUGAUCUGCUGACUGGAACACUAAAAGUCCCCUUACCCCAAGAGGUGAGGUGGUAUUAACAGAUGUCUAAGAAGUUUGCUUAGAGGGUGAGCCUGGCUUGGCGAGUGUGUGAUCAUGAAGAUAGACUGCAACAGAGGAUUAAACACUGACCUGAACUUGAGGUUAGGCGAAGCUGCUGAGGAGCCACGGGGGUGGGGGUGGGAGGGGGUGCAGAACCCGGACUGAAGUUAGCUAACUGUUGAGUUCAAGCCACAGGAUGCCCAAGAGAGCAAUCUCAUGCAGGGGGGAGUGGGGAGGGGAGUGUUAGGCCCAUGCUAGAGGGACAUGUGUGAUAGCACCUUCCUGGAGGUGUGACUGUUAAUUGUGGCUGCAUUGCCACAGUGAAAGCUGUUUGGAGGAGAUAUGGACACAGCAUGCUCAAAGGACCUACAGGAAAGCUGUAAAUGACCCAUUUGCCCCCAACCCAGUUACAGGGGGACGGAGAUACGGUGGCAAGUGGGGGAGGGGGUUCCAGCUCUGCCACAUACCAGUAUAGUAUACCAUUAGGAAAUCUGGUCAAUCGGAUUCUCCAAGUGUGAAAUGUCAGACAUUUCUUGCCAACCAUGGCAUAAGACAGCUUUCCCUGCCUGAGAACUUACCCUAAGGUGAAAACAGAGUUUGCAAGGUAAGG